UACCAAACUAAAGGCCAGACAAACUGGCAAUGGUAUCCAAUAUGAUGGCUGCCAGUGCAACCAAUGCCAGCAAGGAUAAGUCCGUUCUGGACGCAGCUGAAGCUGAUGACGACUACACCUCGGCCAUGUCGCACCUGACGAUUGGCGUACAGAUCCAGGAGCUGUCGAAACGUCUGCAGAACACCACCGAAGAGCUGCAUCAGCAGGUGCGCGACAAGCAUGGUGCACUGCUGCAGCAGGCAACCCACGCCGGCCGCUUUGAUGCCGCACUCAAUUCGCUGGCCGAGGAUGUGCAACGCGUGCGCGCCACAGGACAUCGCCUGAAGUCCCAAGUGGACACGCAAUACCAGCUGGUGGAGAACCAAACCCAAGUGCUGGGUCGACUCCAUGAGGUGUCACAUCUGCUGCGCUCGGCAGGCACAUUGCUCACGUUAACGGCCAAGCUGAAGAAUACCAAAGAUGUGCUGCGACAGGCGGAGCUGCACUUCGAGCUGGGUCAGCUGAUCGAAGACAAGGAACUAAAGGACAUCGAGUUUAUACAGGAGGAGCGCGCCUAUGUGUUAAGUUCUAGGCAAAAAAUACGAAACUUAACGCAGAUGCAGUUGGUCACGGGGCUGCAAGAGCGCAACCAAACGCAGGUGGUCAACGCUCUGAAGAUCUUUAUGAACUUUAACACGCUGGAGAAAUCACUUGAAAAUCUGCUGGCCACGUUCAUAGCAGACAUGGAGCAAUCGCUCAAGGAGUGCUUUGCCGGCACCGACAUAUCCGUGCUCAACAAGGCAGAUGCCAUGCGCUCGCCCACGCAUGGUGGCAACGGUGCAACCAAGUCUGGAGCGGCGCGUGGUCCCGGCAAGGCGCCACAACUGACAACGACCCAAAAUUUUCGCGCCAAAUUCUGGAAAUCGCUGCACUGGCUGCUCUACGACGAGCUCUAUGAGAGCUGCACACAAAUCAAGCUGCUGAAAACGGCGCUGGAGCAUAUCAAUCAAUUUGGCUACACCAGCGAGUCGUCGGAUCAGUGCAUUCCACAGCGCUUCUGGCAGCGUGUGCAGCAGCUGCUGCGUAAAUCCUUUGACGAGUGCUCACAGCAUGUCAACCAGACGCUCCAGGAGGGCCUGUCCAAGCUGCUGACCUCGGCACGUGGCCUGGAACAGCGGCUAAAUAAUGAAUUCCAGUUCGACAACGAACUCUUUGCGCCCCUCGAGGUCGGCUAUGUGAGCAAGUGUGCUGCCAAUCUGAAGGCCUGCUUGGCGGGCGUCGAUUUGCCCGGCAAUGAAACUGUCGAUAAUUUCAUACGUGUCGCAUCGACGGAGCUGAGCGCAGCGCUCAUUGACAGCCGGCUCAGCAAUGCGAUUGCCAAUGUGUUUAUUGUUUGCGGCAAGGAGCUGUGCACCAAGCUGGAAGCACAAAUUAAGCUGGGCGCUGACUCCAAGCAGGUCGUCGAUUUGCCCAAUUUGCAACAGCAGCAGAACACGCAACUGGCGAAUGUGCUGUACUAUUACAAGGAUUCAGUGCGUCGCAUGUUGAAUGAUCUGCAGCUGCAAUUCGAGAAAACGCCGGGCGCAGCACGUGCGAACAUAGCGCGCUCCUUGGAGCAGGCGGAUCUUUUAAUUGGCACCAUAUUGCAGCAGAUUAUGGAAUCGAUUAUCACAGCUAUAAGCAUUAUCAUACUAAGCAUGCAUCGUGAGCCGGGCCUCAAUACGGACAGACUGGCCACAACCGGUCCAUCAAUGUACAUGAAGGAGCUGCAGGAGUUCGUCAGCCGCUCCUGGUCACACCAUAUUGAACUGUUUGAUGAUAAGGAGAUGACCAGUAAAUGUGGCCAGGAGCUGGCCAAGCGCUGCAUUGAGCUCUUCAUACACAACCUAUGCAUUUUGCGUCCCUUGAGCAGCGCUGGCAGACAGCGCCUGAAGCAGGAUUGUCUGCACAUGGAGCAGGCACUUAAACCACUUUGUCCCAACUUCGCUGAGCUGGGCAAACCGUCGCGCUUGCUGCGUGCCAUGUCCCUGCUGAUUGUGCAGAGCCCAGAGGAGCUGGUGAAACAAACGGUUGGUCCGGACUCCCUGGUGCCCAGCUAUAUAGUACUGCUGCUCCUGUUUGGACAUGCUGGCACCGAGCUGCAAUCACCACACACCACUGCAAAUUGGUCAAAUGAGCGUUUGAUCGAAUGGCUAGACGGGCAUACAGCAGAGCGCGAAAAGUUGGAGCUUAUAUCCGGGGCACUGCAAAGAUAUCGUGACAAUGCCAGGCGCAAGAAUAUUCAACAAUACGAUGAAAUAUAUCCCAUGAUGGUGGAUUAUUUUGAGCUGGCCUUAAAGGCAAUCUCAUAAUUUAAUCAGCCAAUUGUAACCGCAUUAAUUUUUAAAUAAAUUAUAUUACCUGACUA